UGUUCUUCUUUCAAUCCCAGCCACUACAGAUCUCAGUACUUCUGGAAUCAGCCUCUCGAAGGACGGAGAUAGCUCGCUGCCUACCUUGACUGACUUCCACAAAGCUUUCCAGGUGGUCUUCGUGGACCCUUCCGGGCUGGUGAACUUGUGUGCAGAUAUGACUGCCAGCAAAUACAAGCAGAUCCAGUUUGAAGCCAAGCGCUCGAUGGAAGUUCUGGACGACAAGACGGUGGAGGGAUUCCAGCUGUUGCUCAUGAGCCGCCAGCCUCUCAUCCGGGCCUUUGACCACGUGUUCCA